AAAAAUCGUUGGCUUCAGAGUGAUCGCCGCAUUAAGUGCAUGCCCACUUAUCCGACGCGAGUCUAGUUAUCAUCAUCACUAUCAUACUCUUCUUCAUAAUAAUCGUUAUUAAGAAGAGAGAACAAAUUAUAUAUGAUGAUUGCGAAUGCGAAGAUUGUUCUUCUGGUGUCAUUUUUCCAUGUGAUAUGUGGCAGCUAUGACAUUUCCGAGAGGAUUUUGUUUCCCAACUUGCCGAACGCAGCUCCCCGAUCCGAGAAUAAAGUUUGCAGGGAGGAAAGUCAAACUUAUAUUGCCAAUUUGAAUAAUAUGACUUUAUGGGCACAUCAAAUUUGGGAUGCGACUUCAAAAUCAACAUCGGGUGUGCUGAAAGGAAGUGUAUUCCAUUUCGGAAGUUGGGAUGAGUGUUUGUCUACAGAAGGACCGUUUCGAACGCAGUAUUGCUUUGCAACUAUGGUAGCUUCUAUUCCAGAUGAACAAACGCCAAAAGAUUAUCUUUCGCUCAAUUUUAAUCCGAUGAGCAACGUUCUCAAAAAGAUUUAUAAAACGGGAGAUGUUUCGAAACAGACAAGGAAUGCAGUUAAUAUUGGAUGGUGUGUACCAGCUUCGUGUACACAUAUGGAUCUGGAACAGUCGUUGAAUCAAUAUUUGGAGAAGGUCGAUCAUCCGUUUCACGAUCACAAUGUGACAUACUCGGCAAACGUCAAUCAAAAUACAUGUCAAAGAAAGAACGAGAUCGAAAUUAUAGAUUCUGUAGAUAUUGGAUUUUGUAUUUUAACAGCAGUCUUAAUUUUAAUGGUUCUCAUUGGGACUAUCUACGAUGUAAAAACGUUGAAGGAAUUUGAUGAAAAGGAAAAACAUAAAACUGGACUAUUGCAUAAUAUUGUCUUAUCGUUUUCGGCUAGGAAAAGUUUCAUCGAAUUGCCCAGAGCCGACGAGAAUAAUUCUUCCCUUAAGGUCCUUUAUGGAAUCAGGACAUUUGCUAUCAUGAUGAUCAUCAUGGAUCAUCGUUUCGGUACUUACAUUUCAGGACCAAUGGAAAAUUUUGAUUAUAUUGAGAAAGAAUAUCGUUCGGUUUCUGCUUGGUUUAUUUUCCAUGGAGAUCUUUUCGUUGAUACAUUUUUCAUUUUAAGUGGAAUUUUGGUAGCUUACGGUUUGUUGAAUCAAUUCAACAAGAAGUACGUCCAUCCAGCUUUCAUUAUUCUCAUCAGAUACGUAAGAUUAACUCCUCUAUAUGCGUUUGUGGUUUUCUUCUGGUCCUCGAUGUUUGCCCACAUCGGAUCAGGUCCAUUCUGGCGAUUCGUGGUUCCUGCUGAGGUUGCCGAUUGCAGAAAAAACUGGUGGGCAAACUUGCUUUAUAUCAGCAAUUAUGUGGACGAUGAUCAUAUGUGUAUGACACAUUCGUGGUAUUUACCGUGCGAUUUUCACUACUUCAUCAUCGCAAUAUUCGUGAUUAUGCUGAUCAAUAAAAACAAGAAGCUUGGUUUUGGUCUUCUCAGCGGUCUCCUCCUUCUUUCCAUUGUCAUACCAUUCCUUCUGACGGUCAUCCACUUACGUCCAGCCUUGCUUCAUUUCUAUCCCGUUUUUCUGGUCGCACCAAAAGUAGACACGGACUUUCAACUGACGUACACCAAAUCUCAUGCAAGAGCAUCAAGUUACUUUACCGGAAUGUUCUUGGGAUAUUUUUACUACAAGUACAAGGAUACAGACUUUAAACUCAGCAAAUUCAAAUCGCAUGCCAUCACUUUAGUGUCCAUCUUUCUGUUAUUCCUUGGAAUGAGCAGCGGUGCAGUCUUCUACAACCCAUACCACGAAUACAACGUCAUCGAAGCCGCAGCCUACGCGUCUUUGCACAGAUGCGCUUGGAGUUUAGGAUCCGUCGGUUUGAUAUUGGCUGCAUCUAAUGGUCAUGCAACGGCAAUCUACAAUUUCCUAUCCUGGUCCCCUUUCAUUCCUCUGAGUAAACUAGUUUACGGAGCUUACCUCACCCACAUGCUGUUCCAAUUACGAGGGGUUGCGAUAGCCACAAGUCCAAGACACUUCACAUACUUUGACACGAUUUCUAUGGGUUUAGGCGACAUCGUUUUGGCUUUCGCUACAGGAUUCCUGCUAUUCAUAAUGAUUGAAAAUCCAUUUAGGAAAAUCAUUAGGAUCAUUCUAUUUCCUCAAAGGGUCGUCACCAAAGAACAAGACGUUACCAGCAUUAACGCCGAUGUCAGCAGAAGAGAUACAACGACAACUACAAGUUUAUAAAUACUUGGUAGCAUUCGGACAGAACGUUUCAAAUUAAUCAAAUAAGCUUACAAUGUAAAUACAAUGGGAUAUAAGUUUUUUAGAUAAUAUAAUUGUAAAUUUCCCAAAUUGGGCAAAGAAAAUGUGAUAUAUUUUUUUACUUUGAAAUUAAUUUUUUGUACA